UCCCUUUGUGUGUGUGUGUGUGUGUGUGUGUGUGUGUGUGUGUGUGUGCGCGCGCGCGCGCGCGCGCGUGCACACGCGGUAGUUUCUCCCUCCUUGUAAGAACACAGCCCCGCUGCCUGUUCCUGCUGCUGCUGCUACUCUGCAUCUGCCACCUCUUUCCUCUCCUUUCUCUUCCUGCUUAGCUCCCUUCCUUCUGAUCCCACUCCCAUAUGGAGACUAAUCAUCCUGAUCAGGUCUCAGUAGAGCAGCCAAAUUCCCCAGGGGACAGCUCAUCACUCAAUCAAAACAGCCCGGGAAACCAAGAUGGCCAGCAGUCCACAACUUCAGGCCAAGCACCAGAGCAAGAAUCCCAUCCUGAGAAGGGAGCCCAUGACCUCUCCGAAGAGUUGAGCCGGCAACUGGAAGACAUCAUUAGCAUGUACGGGUCUGCUGCCAGUCCCAUAAGGAAGGAGGGCUCCUCCGAAACUAAGGAGCAGCCCCAAAACACAGAGGCACAGGACAAUGAGGAUGGCGACUAUGAAGAAACCACUGAAGAGACAGACAGAGAACCCACUGCUCCUGAGGAGCCAGCCACAGCAAAAGAGCCUGUGAGCAAUAAAGAGCAAAAGCUGGAAAAGAAAAUCUUAAAAGGAUUAGGUAAAGAAGCUAACUUGCUCAUGCAAAAUCUGAACAAGCUGCAAGCACCUGAAGAAAAGCUUGAUUUUUUACUCAAGAAGUAUGCUGAAUUGCUGGAUGAACAUCGCACUGAGCAAAAGAAGCUGAAGCUCCUACUAAAACAGCAGGCACAGACCCAAAGAGAGAAGGACCAGUUGCAGAGUGACCACAACAGAGCCAUCCUCGCUCGAAGCAAACUUGAGAGUCUGUGUCGAGAGCUACAGAGGCACAACAAGACACUGAAGGAGGAAACCCUCCAACGGGGACGUGAGGAAGAGGAGAAGAGGAAAGAGAUCACAAGUCACUUUCAGACUACCCUGACAGAUAUCCAGACUCAGAUAGAGCAGCAGAGUGAGCGCAACAUGAAGCUCUGCCAGGAGAACACAGAGCUUGCGGAAAAACUGAAAAGCAUCAUUGACCAGUACGAGCUCAGAGAGGAGCAUCUGGACAAAAUAUUCAAACAUCGAGAACUGCAGCAGAAGCUGGUGGAUGCGAAACUUGAAGAGGCUCAAGAAAUGAUGCAGGAAGCAGAGGAGCGGCACAGACGGGAGAAGGAAUAUUUGCUGAACCAGGCAGCAGAAUGGAAACUUCAGGCCAAAGUGCUGAAGGAGCAGGAGACGGUGCUGCAGGCUCAGCUCACUCUCUACUCGGGAAGGUUUGAGGAGUUCCAGAGUACACUGACAAAAAGCAAUGAAGUGUUUGCCACUUUCAAGCAGGAAAUGGAUAAGACGGCUAAGAAAAUGAAGAAGCUGGAGAAGGAUACAGCCACAUGGAAAGCCCGAUUUGAGAACUGUAACAAAGCCCUGUUGGACAUGAUCGAAGAGAAAGCCCUGCGAGCUAAGGAAUACGAGUGUUUCGUGAUGAAAAUCCAAAGGUUGGAGAACCUGUGUCGUGCUUUACAAGAAGAGAGAAAGGAACUCUACAAGAAAAUCAGAGAAGCAAAACUGUCCGAAAAGGAAGACCAGCUUCAGCACACCUCUGACGAAGAGCCAGAGUCAAACGCCUCUGAAGAGAAAGAGGUGGACGCAGAGGAAGCCAACAGUGUUCAAAAUGCUGUGAAAAACCUGGCCACAGCUUUUACCAUCCUUCAUCAUCCAGAGUUCACCCCAGACCAAUCAAAGGAAAGACAACUGGCAGUGAAUGGUCCUCACGGUGGAAGUGACUUCACCCUCCGGCAUCCCGAAACAGCCCAUCUAAACCAUCCCAACCUUUCCACUUUUUCAGGGAGUCCUCAGCCCCCUGUAGCUUCUCAGGCUGGGGCCGAGGGGCUCUGUGAGGCUGCACCUGCGCCUACAGCCUCCUGUACCCUUGCAGAGGCAGAGCUACAAAGUCAGGGUCUCCCUGCAGGGAACACCCUGGACCCAACAGAGGCAAAAGCUUCCGGCCAGGUCCCACUGUCCCUAGCCCAGGGCUUCCUAUCUGUAGUGCAGGCAAAAUAUGACAUUUCACCAUACCCAGAGAGUGCGGGAGAUCCUGUUGCGAUGCCUGGCUGUGAAUCUGGGGAGCAGCCCCCACCAGAGGUCACAGACAUCCCCCUAGGCCCUUCCACCGGCCUCCGCAGAGAGCCCGAAGCCUAUCUGAACGGAGUAGACUAAGCCUCGUUGGUUCUUCCGGUUGUUCACCUGGCUGCAUCUUCCUCACAGCAGAGUCUGCGAAAGAAACUUCUAGGCUAGGAAGAGAGUUAGGGUCAAGACACUUUUAAAGUUGUACGGAACACUUUGAGUCUUUGCUGCUGUUCGCAAUAUAUAACUAAUAUGGAA